CUCUUCCAGCCGGGGAGGCGUGAAUGAACAAGGAGAAGGGACGUUUUUAAUGAAAAGUGUAAGAAACUGGAGAAAGCACCAGUAUAUACCGCUUUAUGAACGUCUGAGAAUCACCCACUGUCCCUUCGUGCUCUUUCAUGAGAGGGCCGACUGAAAGACCCACACACCAGGUCACGUGUGCGGAUCACAACUGCUGGAAAUUGGAACACUGAGGGUCAGUUAUAAAGAAAAUCGGUAUCGGCAGCAGCAAGAUGUCUCCCGAUGAGCUGGUGUAUCUGGGCGUCCUUGCCGCCUCCAUCCCUGUUGGGUUCCUCUUUCGUUACCUCAGUUCGUCUGUGAAGCAGGCAGCAGCUCUUUUUCUGGGCCUGUUCAUCACCAUUGCCUUGUGUAACAUCCACACUCUGCACUCCCUGGUGACGGUGAUAGGGACAUGGAUUAUCAUCAAGAGCAGCUGGCGACAUGCCCCGGCAUUGAGUCUCAGCUGGACCUUUCUCUACCUCCUCUUUUUCCGACUGGUCACCUGGUUUGAUCUCCCCCAGCCAACACCCUUUGCCAACGCCAUCCAGCUAAUCCUCACUCUUAAGAUGGUCAGUCUUGCCAACGAGGUGCACAGCUUCCACAUAGAGAAGAAAAGAGAUGUGAGCUCCUUUGCUAAGUCUCCAGUCAUUGGUGGUCUGACUCAAGAGCCCUCUCUCGUUGAAAUUCUGUCCUAUAGUUACUGUUAUGUUGGUAUAAUGACCGGCCCGUUCUUCCGCUUCCAAACAUACAUGGACUGGCUGAAGCAGCCGAGCCCGCUGGCUCUGCCCAGGUGGGAGCCUUGUCUGCAGCGCUUGAAGAUGGUCCCAGUUUUUGGGGCUCUGUUUCUGGCCGUCAACCACUAUUUUCCACUUUCCUACGUCCGCACAGACGGGUUCCUUGAUGAAAACAUUUUCUUUAGGUUGUUCUACAUGGUCGCAGUGUUUUUUGUGUUCAGGAUGCGUUUCUAUGCGGCGUGGUGCGGAGCUGAAGCUGGCUGCAUCAGUGCGGGUCUCGGCUGCUAUCCAGAAAAGGCGCUUUCAAAACCUGGAGGAGGACCCACUGUGAACUACAGUCCUGAUCCCACCUCUGAAGAGAAAUAUGACUUCAAAACCAUCCAGAACAUAGACUGUUACAACACGGACUUCUGUGUGAAGGUCCGGCACGGCAUGCGUUACUGGAACAUGACCGUGCAGUGGUGGCUGCAUCACUACAUCUACCCAAAUGCCCCCUUUAAGUCCUACGCACUCAGAGCUGGAUGGACCAUGCUCAUCAGCGCCUACUGGCACGGGUUACAUGCAGGUUACUACCUCUCCUUCCUCACCAUCCCCCUGUGCAUCGCGGCCGAGUCUGUCAUGGAGUCUGCUGUCAGAGCCAAACUCGGUCCCAGUGGACAAAAUGCCUUCGACUGGAUCCACUGGUUCCUGAAGAUGAGGGCCUACGACUACAUGUGCAUGGGCUUUGUGCUGCUAAAGGCCUCCGACACCAUCAACUACUGGGCGUCUAUCUACUUCACCAUGCAUGUCAUUGCUGUCGGCUGCAUAAUAGUGGGCAGGGUCUUGAGGGGGGGGAGGAGAGAAGGGAGGAAGGGGGAGAAGGGGCCGACAGGUGAAGGGGGAAAGACUGAAAACCCGGAAGAGAAAACUGGACAGAAAACAGAGUGAAUGGAGGAACAGAAAGUGACUGGUUUUAGCCUCUUAGAGAUCCUUCAAGAGUCCCGUUUUUACCAACAAACAUGGCAUUGGUCCAAGACAAUUUCUUCUUAAAAAACUCUAUUUUAUUAAAAUUGUCAUUUGUGAAAUCCCGUUAAGAAAUUACUCUUAAAGCUGUUUUUGCUUCUGUAGAUUUACAGAAGAUCCAGUGAAUAAUGGGAGAGUGAAUGUUGCUUUUAUUUCGUUGUAUGUUUCUGUGGUGGAGGAAGUUAUUUUACUGCUCUAGUACUGAGUUGGUCGUGGAUUGUUAAACAUGACAUUCAAAUGUCUUUUAAUCAUCUAAAUAGUUAAAGGAAGAAUGCUAGAGGUUUAUUUGGUAUUCAAGAAGUAUAACAAAUUAUAAUUGGACGUAUUCUUGUCAAGUUUAGCACUUAAAGCAACUCAUCACUUUAGUACAGUAUCUUGAUGGGAGCUCAGCUGUUUUAAGUUUGUGUUCAAGUUGGCUUUCAGCUGAAAAAAGGAACUGAUAGUCCAGAUGUUUCUCUACCUAAUUGCAUUAAGCAAGUGUUAAAUAUAAACAUUUCUGCUCUUUUAACUUCUUUUGUGAUCCUGUGAAUUUAAAAGGUUUGUACAGUUGGAUCUUCUCUCUUCACUCUUCUCCUAAUGUUAGCAUUUCAGAUGAAAUGACGGACAUAUCCACUGUCAGCUCUGCAUCCGUGUUGCAUCCGGUCUUUAGUGUGCCAUGUGCUGAAGUCCAUUUACUGCCACAAUAUCUGCACUGCCGCCAUGCACCAUUCAUGGUUGCGACCAAACAUUUAAAAGGUUGUUAGUUUCCUCGUUGUUCAAUUAUGCUGCCAAAGUUGUAUAUAAAACACUGUUAGGGCUGGGCAAUACCCUCAAAAUCUAAAGUGAUUUAUGUUUUCCAACAGGAGCAGUUUUAUGAAAGCAAAACUGUAAUUACUCUCAUUUUAAAAAUAGGCCAAAGUUCACAAAUAAACUAUGACGUAUCCCCAAGCCCUAAAUACAUUUGAUAAUAUACUGUUGAGGAAUGUUUUGAAUGUUGCAGACCUAAACUGUGUAAUCAUUUCAUCAUAUGUCUGUUUUAUAUGAUGAUCACUGCAGGUUGUUUGAGGUUUUCUCUUCCACAACUCUUCUUGUUCACCAUGGUCUGUUUACAACUGGGAUCAUUUGAAUUGCAAACUGUGUCGAGUCAUGUUGUCUAUUUAAAACCCACACAGAAACUGUUUGUUUUCAGAGUGAUCGUAUUACACUUUGGGUGUAUAAAAACUGGUUAUUUAUUUCUUCUCCUCUGUAUUUGUGUUUUAAACAGCUCAUCCUGCUUGGAAACAGCAUUAUAUAUAAAAUCUGCCUUUUCUCUCCA